CCGCUGCGCGUCAGAGGUUCCGUUUGCGCGCUCCCGUGCGUGACCGCGUCUCGUCUGCUAUCCGGUCGUGUCUGUUCGCUGACUCAGUGCCUUAAGCAUCACCGUGAACAAACAUCUGCGGACAAAUACGGCAGCCAUGGCAAAAACAGCAACCGCAUACAAAGAGAAGAUGAAGGAGUUGUCUGUUCUCUCCCUCAUCUGCUCCUGCUUCUACCCAGAGUCACGCAACAAGCUGAUCUCUGAGUUUGAAGACAUGGAGGUGAAACCUAUAAACAAGCGUUCCUCUGGCCAGGCGUUUGAGGUCAUUCUUAAGCCUUUGUCUCCAGUGUCAGAUGUAGGACACAACCUCCCCUCACCACCAAAGAGGGACAUCUCCUUGGAUGACAUUGAGAAGAAACUGGAGGCUGCUGAAGAACGAAGGAAGUUCCAGGAGGCUCAGGUGCUGAGGGUGUUGGCAGAAAAACGAGAGCACGAGAGGGUUGUGUUGCUAAAAGCUAUGGAUGAAAACAGCCAGUUCAGUAAGACGGCUGAAGAGAAGCUCCAGAUGAAGAUGGAGCAGAUUAAGGAGAACCGUGAAGCCUAUCUAGCAGCCAUGAUGGAACGCCUACAGGAGAAGGAAAGACAUGCAGAGGUGGUGCGUAGGAACAAAGAGAUGAGGGAAGAACUGACAGCAUGAGCCGAGCACAAAUCUGGACCUCCAUGGUUCAUCUUUGUCCAACCAUCCAGCCCUUGUUCUUGCCCUGCCUGCCCCAUUUCCAGAACAGAAACCCAACCCUGGAGGAAGAGAGAUGUAGGACCUCACAACAUCACAACACAGUGGUCACCACCUUUUUCAGCAUUAUCAGUGGAUACAAACAUCAAUAACGCUCACCUGGAGUUGAA